AUGACAGUGAAUAUCUGUACCAACUUUAGUGAUGAGGCGGUGGGUGACCAACUCAAGAGCUGUGCCGCAUUAGGUAAUGCCAAUGGGAACGGCUAUAUGGAGGAGACAAUUGGCGCUUAUAACGCAAUUAAUAGUUGGCAUAAAUUAGAUAAUGCGCCGGUGGUUGUGAUCAACGGUGUGGUAAAUACGGCAGCGGUGGACGACCUUAAAAAUCAAGUGUGCCUGGCCAUACCGGUUGAAAAUAGGGUCGUGGUUGAGUUUAUACCAUGGGGCAGUGCUAAUAAGACCCGGUCGUUAGACAAUAAUAAAACUCAGUACUUGUGUCCAGAGGGCGAUAAUGACUGCAUGACUACCAGACUUCAUGCGUGUAUAGCAAAAAAUCACAAAAACCAUUUGAAACAGCACGAACAAUUCCUUAUUAUUCAAUGCGUUAGUCAAAACACCACGAUGACUGACCCCUUGGCCAAAGUGGCCUAUUGUGUCAGCAAAACCACUUCUAUCGACAUCGAUAAUAAAACUUAUAUCACUUGUGCCGGCAAUGAUAGCGCAGAUGGCAACGCCUAUCUGAACGAAAUGAUUGGUGCCACCAGUCAAUUAUACCCACUAAUUACCGACGCUACGGAACCGAUUGUGCUAAUCAAUGGCAAGCGUAAUGUUAAGGCUGUAACUGAUCUCCGGACUGAAGUGUGCAAUGCUUUUUCGAUGGAAAAUAUGCCAGAAGCAUGUAAAUUAGCGCCCGAUGAUAAGGGUUGCUCAACUGUAGCGCCCGGACACAAAUUCAAUGCCAAGCCUAGUGCCGGUGCGACCGCCUAUGUUAGCAUAUUUACCAUGAUUUCUAUUAUUACCGUGGCCAUUUUAAACGCAUUGUAA